GAUUGAAAGGGAUAGAGUGUACACAAAUCAGCCCUGUGAUCUAGAACCCAGCAAUCGUGUGAACCCUUGUGAGGGUAAGCCCGUUGGCGACCGACCCUACGCCGCACCAUCGCCUAUCCCGGCACCGGGACCCCCACCCGAGCGCGCCCUAUCACAUCCAGCCGUACGCGAGCCCGACCAAGCGCGCGAAAGCCACGCAGACGAGCAGAGACGCCACGCGGGCGCCUACCCAGGGCCACGGCCCCAACCCAGCCAGCCCAGGGAGGGAGGCGGGCAGGGGGGCCUGGGAGGCUUCAGCGCAGCCCAUCCCUUCUUCCGCAGCCCAGCAAAGGAGCCAUCGUCUAGACGUGUACUUUCUUCAGCAGGGGCACACGUCUGGCAGUGCAGGAUUUGACUCCCUGGCGGCGCAUUGUGUUACUGAUAGUAGCCUUUGUUACUGUGGUCCCAGCUUUCUGUAGGUCAUUCACUAGGUCCCCCCGUGUGGUUCUGGGAUUUUUGCUCACCGUUCUUGUUAUCAUUUUGACGCCACUGGGUGAGAUCUUCCAUGGAGCACCAGAUCGAGGGAGAUUAUCAGUGGUCUUGUACGUCUUCCAUUUUCUAGUAAUUGCUCCAACAGUUGAUUUCUUUACACCAAGCGUUUUACCUAUUGCAGAUUCAGUCUUCCCAGCCUGGUGCAGGUCUACAAUUUUGUCUCUGGUGUCCUUCGACAGCUCUUUGGUCUUGGCCAUAGUGGAGUUUGGAGUGUGACUGACUGAGUUUGUGGACAGGUGUCUUUUAUACCGAUAAUGAGUUGUGGUGCACGACAAUUAUCGAUCCGAUAAUUAUCGGCCCUAUAAUAGGAAUUAUGACGUCAUCCCAAUAAAGCCGAUAACAAUAUGUUAUCGGGCCUAUUAAUAACAUUUUUGGCACGGUGUCAGAUUGGGAUGUGUGCAUUUGUUUCUACUCCUGUUUUGCCAGCAUGCAAAGUUUUGUUACUGUUCUAGAGGCUGUAUUUUUCCUUCACUGAGUUAUAAACCUUACUAUGGCAAUUAGCAAAUGUUUGCAUUUUACAGUGUUAUGUUUACAAGUUCUUGAGAGGCCUUUUGGUUAUUAGUAGGCUUGCUGUUCUAUAAUUGCCAAGUUAAGAAAGUUGUUUCAUGGACCAAGAUAACAAAAGUCUACUCUCCUGUUGCACCAAAUUUUUUUAUCUGCUGACAAAGCAUAAUACCUGUUGGGUUUAUGUUUGUUUUAGAUCAGUUCUCAUUGUUCAGGGGAACACAUCGUCAAUGAUAAUGACUGAUGAAUUGACUGUGAUUGACUCAAAUUAUAUUCAUUUGAAAAAAUAAUAUGGACACUUUAUUUGAAGUCAAAACUGGUCUUGUUCUUGUUUUGUUCACUAUAAUAAUGCUCGUGUCAUCAUGAAAUAUUCUGGUCCGGUCAAAGGCAAAUCUAUGCUGAAUCAACCACUAGUAUUUUUGACCUACGGGUGUUCCAAAACUCAGGUGAAUAUACAGUACAUUGAAAAAUUAGAUAUAUAUUAUCGGUUAUCGUAUCGGUAUCGGCCUUGAGGAGCAGUAAAUUAUAGAUAUCGGUAUCGGUUUCAGAAAAGGGAUAUCGUGCACCCCUAAUAAUGAGUUAAAACAGGUGCCAUUGAUACAGGUAACGAGUGGAGCCUCGUUAGACCUCGUUAGAAGAAGUUAGACCUCUUUGACAGCCAGAAACCUUGCUUGUUUGUAGGUGACCAAAUACUUAUUUUCCACUCUAAUUUGGAAAUAAAUUCUUUAAAAAUCAAACAAUGUGAUCUUCUGUUUUUUUUUCACAUUCUGUCUCUCAUGGUUGAGGUUUACCCAUGUUUACAAUUACAGGCCUCUCGAAUCUUUUAAAGUAGGAGAACUUGCACAAUUGGUGGUUGACUGAAUACUUAUUUGCCCCACUGUAAAUGCAAAUUUGAAAUUGUUCGUUUUCUCGGAUAGUCACCAUGCAAACGGCCCCUUAGAGCUAUCACCACUGCUUCAUACGUAGAUACGUAAACCCCCCCCCCUUUUUGAGCACGCUACAUUCCAAGUCCAAUCCAGCGCUAACUUUGGCAGCUGUCUGGGCAACUAAUUAUAGCCAAAUGCAGGUCAAGCUCUCCGGGCAAAGCUGGAGGUCAGGUUACAGACUCGAAAUCUGAAAGUGACUCUCUGCACCAAAAGCUUAGAAGUUUUCUGACCUCGAAGAGGGGGAGUUAGUGAGGGGGGCGGUGAGUUGACUGAAAGGGUGACCCCUCUUCUUGUCUCGCUCUGUGUCCUGCUACAAAGUGAAGCUAACUACCUCGGACUGGCAACUUUCUUGGAGUGAAAACUCGGACCAACUUUCAAAACUAUCCGGACGAAGGUUGUGGUGUAUUUUUAGAAGCAGCUGACUUCAAGCUCGAAACAAUUUUUUUUUCUUUGUUUUUAUCAGCUGCGAUCUUUUCUUUCUGGAUUUAAUGAAUGACUUACAUGCCGGUUUCUAUAGUAACAGCGCGCCGACUGAGCCUUUCAACUGACUGAUGGUUAUCACACAACGCCAAGUAAGCUCCAAAUCUAAGCUGCUUUCUCCACCAAUGAGCAGCCAGACCAGCGGUGGGGAAACGGUCUCCCCACCAAGAGUCAACCAGAAGACAAUUUGGGAUGACAUGAUCAUGACCUUCAGCUCGCCAAUGGCGUGGCUGCUAGUGGUAGCGUUGGUCAUCACCUGGGCGGCCGUCGCUGUGGUCCUCUUCGACCUGCUGGACUAUAAGACGCUCGCAGGUCUUCCGCCUCCUGCCGCCAUCGCCAGGCGAGGUUUGCGGGCCAACAGAGGUGGUGUACGUCCAAUCAAGUCCAGCCCCUCCGCCGGUGCGGCCCCGCCGCCGCAAGAAAGCACCGACUGGCUAGAAAUGAUGUGGACGUUCGCCGCUAGCCUCGUGGCACCCGAUGCGGAGGAAGAGGAAUCGGAAGGUAUUCACCAGAUAACCCAAACCCUCACAUCUUUGCACUCGGAGGAGUUCUGAAGAUGGAAAAUGCGGAAUUGUAGCGCAUGGAGGGUCAAGAAAUAUCUUUGAGGAUGUCACACAGUGUGAAUCUUUUUGUCUGUUCUUAGGAAGACUUGAGUGAAUAAAAAUGAUGCAUUUAUGAUGCAUUUAAAGCUUUGUUACUACAAUUCUAGAAAGUUUACAGUGCUUCAGUCAUUUUUACACAGUCUGGGAGUAGUUUUAACUCAUUCACUGCCAAUGACAGCAGUG